UGUUUGCCUUACCUGGGAUGCGACUCCUCUUUCCUUUCUCUCUCCUCUCCUCUCCUCUCUCUCUCUCUCUCUCUCUCGUUCAACGGAUCCUUCGUGCUUCUACCCUUUCCUCUUCCCUUUUUCUGGGGUUUUUAAUUGGUCCCCGUCGCCGAUUCGAAUUCUGUUCAGCGUUAAUAGCCUCGUCUCCUCUGUGUAUUCCUGGUAAUCAAAUGACUGCUGCUGUUAGGAGGCCAUAAACCAGUUCGGAGUGGUAGCAAAAGUUUAAAAAUGAUAAGGGAAGAAGAAAAGGAUCAAGUCUCCGGUGGGAGUUGGAAAUACUCGAGGUCGAUGUCAUGGACUGAACGGCCGCCGAGAAAGACUCCAGCGAAGCCGCAAUGGAACAGCAAGGCCCGGGCUUGUCUGCCGCCGCUUCAGCCUCUGUCGAUUGUGCGUCCGAGUAUUGAGGAAUGGCCGAGAGCAGGGUCAGACGAUCUCGGGAUAUGGCCGAAUCCGCCGACUCCCGGCGCAAGGCGAGGCUCCGUAACGCCGCGCGAAAGUUCGUCGACGGAUCAAAAUUCUAUAGAAUUCGAGUUUCGGAAAGACAAGCUGACGUUUUUCAGCAAAGAAUGCUCAAAGAUUUUGGAUCAUAUCUAUUUAGGGAGCGACGCAAUUGCGAAGGACCGCGAAAUCCUCCGCCGAAACGGGAUUACGCACGUCCUCAAUUGCGUCGGGUUCUCUUGCCCGGAGUAUUUCAAGAACGAUCUUGUCUACAAGACGCUGUGGCUGCAGGACUGCCCGACCGAGGACAUUACGAGCAUUUUCUACGACGUGUUUGAUUAUUUUGAGGAUGUUAGAUUGCAAGGCGGGCGCGUCUUCGUUCACUGUUGUCAGGGGGUAUCUCGGUCGACUUCCCUCGUGAUUGCGUAUCUUAUGUGGAAAGAAAGGCAGAGCUUCGACGAUGCGUUUCAGCACGUCAAAUCGGCGAGAGGGGUGACGAACCCAAACGUCGGUUUUGCGUGCCAAUUGCUGCAGUGCCAGAAGCGCGUGCACGCGUUGCCGGCGAGCCCGACGUCGGUCCUCCGAAUGUAUAGAAUGGCGCCACAUUCGCCUUACGAUCCGCUUCAUCUCGUCCCGAAAAUGUUGGGUGAACCGGGUCCGGAUAAACUCGACUCCCGUGGAGCGUUCAUUAUUCAUAUACCGUCGGCGAUUUACGUUUGGAUCGGGAAGCAUUGCUCCCCGGUGAUGUCGGAUAAUGCUCGGGCAGCUGCCUCCCAAGUUAUCCGUUAUGAACGAGCGCAAGGUCCCGUAAAAAUUGUCGAUGAGGGUGGAGAAACGUCUGAAUUCUGGGAUGCUCUUAGCUACAGCAAGAGUUCGAUCGAUGGUUGCCAAGUGAAAUCGAGUGUUCAUCUUUGUGUUGAUGAAAGGAAGGUUUCGGAGUAUGAUCUAGACUUCGAAAUCUUUCAUGGAGCGCUUUCCGGCGGAGUUGUACCGCCGUUUCCGCUGUCAGGAGCAGGAUCCGAGACAUGUCUUCCUGCCCGAGAAAACGGUUGGAAUCGAUUGAGACGGAAGUUCUCCCUCGGCGUUGUGAAAGAACUAAUCACCUCUUCGAAAUUGAAUCCGAGCGCCGUACAGAUCUGCGAUGGAAAUGAAAUAGCGAACGAUUGUAACGAAGUUGAAGAUUCCGACGAGCCUUUGAUUGGUCAGUGCGAAUCGCCGGAUUCAGUUUCGUCGUUUGUAAUCAGCAACCCGAGCUGGACGAACGGCAACGAUAAAGAAGCGGAUGCUAACUUGUCUAGAUCGCCGUCAUUCAGUUUGGUGGAUUCAUUUUCGUCGUUUCUUGUCAAUAAGCCGAAUUCCGACACUACCUCGCCUUCGCUCUCCCCGUCGACCUCGGAUAUUUCAAGUUCAUUUUCCUUCUCACCUUCGUCGUCUAAUUGGUCUGACGUAUCUGCUCAGCCGUCGCCCCAUGGGCUCGACACCGGCGAUAUGGAUCAUUGUAAGAACAGUCUAUUAGAGGAAGGCGUCGUUUCUACUGGUGAAAAUACAUCGCCUGCGUCAAAAGAAUCGAUUCCUGUUUCUAAGCCGGCGGGUUUAUUCCUGAUCAGCGGAGAGGCUUUUCCUUCUCUACCAGAGCAUAGGAGAGGUAACAUUGCUCCUCAAAUGAGAUUGCCUUCCAUUAAUGAAGCUCCUCGAAUAUCUGAAAGCUUUGGAAAAUGUCUAGAAGAUGAUAAUUUGAAGUAUGGCGCAGUUCGCCACAAUUCAGUUGAUUCGACUGUUAAGAUUGAUCCUUCAGUCUAUAAAUGGCCGUCGAUGCAGAAAAUGGACAUUUCCCACAGCAUCCUUGAUUCUCGAUCCGUAUAUAUUAUACAUAUGCCUGCAGUUAGCUCUGGACUGUACGUAUGGAUAGGGCAAGAGGCGUCGUUGAAAGAAAACGUUGCCAAAUUUGAUGAUGGACUUAUCCCUGCAGAGAUCAUCGACCGUGAUAUUCUUGUCGACAAAGGUUUCAGCCGGGAUGCUCAGAUUAAGAUGAUCAAGGAAGGCGACGAGCCGGUGGAGCUACUCGCGCAUUUGGGUUGCGUCCCGUCAAACAAGACGUCGGGCGUGCAACUAGAUCAAGGGAUCAAAUAAAUUCCGCAACAUAGGCCAGUCGGGUCCCCAAGUUUUUGAACAAACAUCGACAGCUCCGACAAGUUGCUGCGUCACAUCGGCAUCCAAAAGACAGGAGAAAAGUUCUUGAUCGAUAUCUGCUUGUGAGAUGUACGUACGGACGAACACGGCAGAAGUGACAGAAGAAAUCAAGCCGUUUUAAAAUUGUAGAACUGAACACACAGUGUACAGACAAAUAAAAUCGUCUUUUGUAUGGGUGUACUAAAAGUGAGAAGAAUUGCAAGUGAAAGAAUAUCUAUCUCAUCACAAUAAGUGGUGGCAUUGCAAACAUCACACAAAUUUAACGUUGCUGGAAUUUUAUGUCUGCAUACAUUUCUUUA